AUGAUGUCCACUGAGCAAAUGCAGGCACUGGAGCUCUCAGAAGACAGACUGGACAAGCUAGACCCUCGGUGCAGCCACUUAGAUGAUCUUUCAGACCAGUUCAUUAAGGACUGUGAUCUCAAAAAGAAGCCAAGAAAGGGGAAAAAUGUACAGACCACCCUGAACGUUGAGUCAGACCAAAAAAAACCAAGGAGGAAAGACACGCCAGCGCUGCACCUCCCGCCUUUCAUACCAGAUGUGCUUUCAGAACAUUUAAUUAAAAGAUAUGAUAUUCAAGAGAGACAUCCAAAGGGCAAAAUGAACCCAGCUCUUGAUAACACUGACCUGGAACAGAAAAAGCCAAGGAGAAAAGACACACCUGCCCUGCACAUGUCCCCCUUUGCAGCAGGUGUGAGGCUGCUCAGAGAUGAGAGACCCAAAGUGAUCGUGGAAGAUGACGAAAGGGAUGGUGACAAGAUAGCUAUUUAA